AUGCAUUCGCCAAAACGCCUGCCUGCCUAUCUAUCUAUCUAUCUAUCUAUCUAUCUAUCUAUCUAUCUAUCUAUCUAUCUAUCUCAUUUCACCUUUUCAUAUCUAUUUUCACUUUUGCAUAUCUAUCUAUCUAUCUAUCUAUCUAUCUAUCUCGGUCUGUUCAUAUCUAUCUUCAUCUUUUCAUAUCUAUCUGUCUAUCUGGUUUCACCUUUUCAUAUCUAUCUAUUUUCACUUUUGCAUAUCUAUCUAUCUAUCUAUCUAUCUAUCUAUCUAUCUAUCUAUCUCAGUCUGUUCAUAUCUAUCUUCAUCUUUUCAUAUCUAUCUGUCUAUCUGGUUUCACCUUUUCAUAUCUAUCUAUUUUCACUUUUGCAUAUCUAUCUAUCUAUCUAUCUAUCUAUUUCUGUCUAUAUCUAUCUUCAUCUUUUCAUAUCUAUCUAUCUAUCUAGUGUGACCUCUGCAUAUCUAUCUUCACCUUUUGAUAUCUUUCUAUCUAUAUUUCUGUCUAUCUACACUUUUUCGUAUCCAUCUAUUUAUCUAUCUUUACAUUUUCAUAUGUAUCUAUCCUUUUUCUUCUCUCUCUAUCUAUCUUUUUUCAUCUCUCUCUCUCUCUAUCUCUAUCUCGCUUUCCUUUUUCAUCUCUCUCUCUCUUUCUCUAUUUAUCUAUCUAUCUAUUCAUAUCUUACUUUGUUCAUAUGUAUCCAUUCAUAUUUCUGUUUAUUUUUAUAUCUAUCUGCCUUGCUAUCUGUCUGUCUGUAUCUGUUUAUCUAUGUACAUUAUAUCUGA